AUGAGCACCUCGUCAACUCUCGGCUUACUUGGUCGGCCUUCAGGCGUGACUGCAGACUUGCCGACUGUCCUCAGUUCGCUAAACCAUCAUCCAUCCGAUGGCCACUGCAACGAGGCGAUUUCGACCUUCGAAUUCACCAGCAUUGCAGAUAAGCAGUCAGGCGAAUCGGAUUCGAACAAACCGCUUGCAGGCCAUACAGUGUCUACAGCCUCCGCAACUGGGCCGAUCACUCCAGAACGGGUAGCCUACUUCCACGGACACAUCACUCGUGACCAGGCAGAGGAACUUCUCUUGGCUCAUGGAGCAACUGAGGGCUCAUUUCUGCUUCGCGAAAGUGUAGCCGACAACUAUGCAGUCUCCAUCUGCCAUGCGGGCCGUGUGCAUCACUACAACGUCGAGCGUCAGAAGGAUGGUACCUAUCAGAUCCCUACAGGUAAACAAUUUCAUCCCUCUUUUUUUCCUCUCCGGCCCCAAAGCCAUUCGCCUCAUAUAAUAAUACGCCUUGAUUGGUUCGAAGGUCCGAAACGACUAAAUUAUGCACUCAAUUUUUUUCGCUAUUUUUCUUGGCGAAAUUAUCUAUGUGCGUCACUAUGA